GUGAUAGUUAUGUGGCAAAGGAAAAGACGAGGCUUGAGAAAUGGAGCGAGAGCGCAAAGGCCUUUCCCUGGUUCUAAUCCCUUCGCCACUACAGGGACACAUCGCGCCCUUGCUGGAGCUUGCCAACAUCCUCUACUGCAGUGGCUUCUCCAUCAUCAUCAGCCACACCCUCUUCAACUCCCCCAACCCUUCUGCCUAUCCUCACUUCACCUUCGUUCCCUUCUCCGAUGAAUUAUCCCAGUCCGAAGCCUCUACUUCCGAUCCUCUUCACCUCACCAACCUCAUCAACCUCAGAUGCGCCCAUCCUCUCUCUCGCUGCUUGUCUCAUUUGUUAUCCGAUCCCUCUCUCGACCCUAUCGCUUGCUUGAUCUCCGAUGCCGCCCUUCAUUUCACUCGAUCUGUUUGCGACUCUCUCCAUCUCCCUCGUCUUGUCUUGCGCACUGGCGGCGCCUCUUCCUUUCUGGUAUUCUCUCUGUUCCCCCUUUUGAGAAGCAGAGGUUACCUUCCUAUUGAGGAGUCUAGAGGCGAAGAAGCGGUGGCAGAGCUUCCGCCGCUAAAAGUGAAAGACCUUCCAAAGAUAGAGACAAAAGAUCCGGAGGCAUUUUAUGAAUUUGUUUGUCGCAUGGUGGAUGAACUCAAGUUGUCGUCGGGAGUGAUUUGGAACACAUUUGAAGAGUUGGAAUCAUAUGCACUGGAAAAGCUCACGCUUGAAUUUUCCAUACCCAUCUACCCAAUUGGCCCCUUCCACAAGCACUUGACUUCAGGCUCGCUUGCUUCUACCGCCUUGAUGACCCCCGAUGAGAGUUGCAUCCCCUGGUUAGACACACAGGAACCCAACUCCGUUGUUUAUGUCAGCUUCGGCAGUAUUGCUGCAAUAACCCAGACGCAGCUGGUGGAGAUGGCUUGGGGCUUAGCCAACAGCAAGCAGGCAUUUCUGUGGGUGCUUCGACCGGGCUUGGUGCCGGGCUCUCAAUGGCUUGAGCCCUUGCCGGAUGGGUUCAUAGAGAGCUUGGGAGGAAGGGGCCACGUGGUGAAGUGGGCGCCACAGGGACAGGUGUUGAGUCACCCGGCAGUGGGAGCAUUUUGGACUCAUAAUGGGUGGAACUCAACCUUGGAGAGCGUAUGUGAAGGGGUUCCCAUGAUCUGCAUGCCAUGCUUUGCAGACCAAAAGGUGAACGCCAAAUAUGUGAGUGAUGUUUGGAAGGUUGGGAUUCAAUUACCGAAUGAGCUUCAGAGAGGAGAGGUGGAGCAGGCCAUUCAAAGAAUAAUGGUGGAGGACGAAGGGAAGGCUAUCAGGGAGAGAGCCUUACAGUUGAAGGAGAAGGCAGAUCUGUGUCUACAACAAGGAGGCUCCUCUCGUCGUUCCCUGGAUCGCUUAAUCACUCACAUCUUUUCAUCUAGAAGACAGACCCAUCCCAGUGAGAAGAGAGAGUGAAACAUCUCUCUCUCUCUCUCUCUCUAAACUCGCUGAUUACACUGCAAUGAACUCAAUUCACUACAGGCUGUACUGGGAGGGAAAAAAUAAUUUGAAUGUCUUCCUCAUGGGACAUAUCUUAAAAUAUGUAUGCUUGAUGCUUGUUGAUUUAUUACUUCGGCUUGAAAUGGAGUGUAUCAGUGUAUAAUCAUCUGGCGUUCUGAGGAAGUGGAACACGUUGGAAAUCAACCAGCUUCCUUUAACAAUGAUUGUAUCCAAAUUGAUGAGUAAAUAAGCAGUAGUUUGUUUCUUUGUCCUGAA